AUGUUUCUCUCACGUUUUAUAAAAUCGGUUUAUCGUUUGCAACAGACAAGCCGUCAGGCUGUUCCGUUCACAUUUAGGUUAGCUCUCCGGCAACCAGUUUUUUGUCAUAAAUACUGUUCUGAAGAAAAACUACCAAAUACUGAAUUGAAGUCUAAUCAUCAUGUUGCAUUGACAGAAGAUGUUAUAAAGACCUUAACUGGAGGGGAUCCAGAUUUAAUAAAGCGAUUGAAGCUUGCCGAGUUUGAAUACGAAGUGUCGAAACAAGAAGGAGCAAGAACGCCGUCUGAAUUAACUCUGCAACACUGGAAAGAGCUGCUGACGUUAUCUUCAACAAGCAAACGAAAGAAGUAUCUAGUAUUUCUUUUCAAGAUUGAAAUGACAAAGUUAAACAGGAAAAAUAAAAAGGAUGAACAGAAAGUAAAACGAGAAGCAGAGAAAGAGGUAGAAAAAUUAAAAGACAAUAGUGGUGAACAUAUUGAUUACGGACUAGGCAAAAACACAAUCUGCCUGAAAAUUUAUGAAUCCAAAGUGGAUCACUUCCACAACACGAAAAUGUUACGAGCCUCCAUGUUUGAUUUGCCUGUUGUAUAUGAUCUUAGUUAUGAUCAGGAUAUGACUCCUCAAGAACAAAAGAAUGCUGCAAAGCAAUUGGUACUUUCUUUAGUGGCCAAUAGGGAACAUGAUCAUCCUUUUCCUUUGCAGUUUUGCAAUGUCAACUUCAAUGGACCAGUGAUGAAACAUCUUGUUAAACUUGUUCCAAGUCUUUACAACUCUGAUUUCCCAAUCAACAUCAGCCCCAAAAGUUACCUUGACAUUUUCCCACGAGAUAAGCUCAUUUAUCUAACACCUCAUUGUCAAAACGAAAUGACUCAUUUCGAUCCCGACAGUGUUUAUAUUGUCGGAUGUUUGGUGGACAAAGGCGAAAGUAAAGCCCAUUCUUUAGCUAAAGCUAAACGAGAAAAUAUCCAAAUGGCUAAAUUACCUCUCGAUCGGUAUCUCAGCUUCGGUGGCGGCAGUGGAAAAAGUCUGACUUUAAACGCUAUGAUAAACAUCCUUCUGGAACUUAAAACCCAUGGAGACUGGACCAAAGCCCUUCAGUUUGUUCCAAGGCGAAAAAUCCGGGAACUUCUACAACUAACGGAGGUGUCUAGAAUGAAAUAUCCGAAGAAAAGCAUGGAGUCGAGAAAACAAGUGAUUGGAGAUUUGGAUGAGUUAUUGUUUUCGGAUGUUCCACGUAGAACGGAUGUCCGCGGCUCCAAGUCUCACCUGUCCGACAGACGAAAAACAUCGCUCUAUGAUGAUUAGUCAUGACUUACCUUAAUAAACAGUUAAUAUUUUCUA